AGUGCAAGAGUACGUGAAGUUGAUUUGUGCCGGGAAAUGACGCGGAUUUCGGAUGUGGCGCUCGUGCAGAUGGAGAGGCCAAUUGAUGGGCCCAUCAACGGCCAAGUGACCACCCAGCUGAGGAGCUACAGCAAGUGGGCGCCGUGCGAGCAGGGCGUGACGAUGGUGUGGCGCGAUCUGAGUAUUUAUGCUCUGGGCGCCGGUCGCCGAGGCGGUCUCAAGCGCAUCAUCAAUAACGUGACGGGAGUGGUGAGAUCGGGCACUCUCAUGGCCCUGAUGGGGUCCAGUGGGGCUGGCAAGAGCACUCUCAUGUCGGCGUUGGCGUUCAGAGAGCCCCGCGGGACCAUCGUUCAGGGCGAUGUGCUGGUCAAUGGGCGGCCAAUUGGGCCAUUCAUGCACACCAUGAGCGGCUUCGUGCACCAGGAGGACCUCUUUGUGGGCACUCUCACCGUCCUGGAGCACCUCACCUUCAUGGUGAACCUCAAAGUCGACCGUCGCAUGUCCAGAGCCGACAAGAGCGCACUGAUUGACGAUCUGCUGCAGCGCUCUGGACUCACGGCGUGCGUGAACACAAGGAUUGGCCACGCCGGCGACGGGAAGGUGCUGUCCGGGGGCGAGAAGAAGCGCCUCGCCUUCGCCACCGAGCUCAUCACGAAGCCCGCCAUUCUGUUCUGCGACGAGCCCACGACCGGCCUGGACUCCUUCUCGGCGCGCUACAUCGUGCGCACGCUGCAGGAGCUCGCGCGCCGCGGCACCGCCAUCAUCUGCACAAUCCACCAGCCCUCCAGCGAGCUCUUCGCCAUGUUCCACGAGGUGCUGCUGCUGGCCGACGGCCGCGUGGCCUUCAUGGGCGCGCCCGCGGACGCGCUGGCCUUCUUCGCCGAGCACGGCCACCAGUGUCCGGCGGCGUACAACCCGGCGGACUUCAUGAUCGGCCUCCUGGCCAUGUAUCCGGGCGACGAGAACAGCUCCCGACGCACUGCCCAUCGCAUUUGCGACCUGUUCGCCGUGAGCGCGCUGGCGGAGCGCCGCGAUGUGCUGGUGAACCUCGAGUUCCACAUGGCGGAGAAGGCGGAAUUUGACAUUGAGGGACACCACGGGAGAAGAAUGCGCAAUCUGCGGUGGUAUAAGAAGAUUUAUUGGCUCGUUUAUCGUGCUUUCCUGUCGGUGACACGCGAUUCGAGCAUUCAAACACUGAGGAUUGUACAAAAAAUCGGCAUCGCCGUAACGGCGGGAUUGUGCUUUAUUGGUGCUGUGGAUAGAACACAGAAGGGCAUCCAGGCGAUGCAGGGUGCAAUUUUCAUUUGUGUCUCAGAGAACACCUUCGUGCCCAUGUACUCCGUCCUCAACACGUUCCCGCAGGAGUUCCCGCUGCUGCUCAGGGAGAAGAAGUCCGGCCUCUACACCACCGCCCAGUACUACAUCGCCCAUGUGCUGGCCAUGAUGCCCGGCCUCGUGCUGGAGCCGCUCGUGUUCAUGUGCAUCGGCUACUGGCUCAUGGGGCUGCGCCAGACGCUCUACGCCUUCGCCGUCACCGUCCUGUCCGCCGUCAUGGUGAUGAACGCCUCCACGGCGUGCGGCUACUUCUUCUCCGCCGCCUUCAACUCCGUGCCGCGCGCCCUGGCCUACCUGGUGCCCUUCGACAACACGCUCAUGAUCACCUCGGGCAUCUUCAUUCAGCUGGACUCGCUGCCGGACUUCCUGGCGUGGACCAAGAGCCUGUCCUGGAUGAUGUACUCCAUGGAGACAAUGAUGAUUGUGCAGUGGGAGAAUGUCCGGAACAUAAGUUGCCCGGUCGAAGCCAAUUUGCCGUGCUUGGAGGACGGCGAUGCCGUGCUGGAUCAAUACAGCUUCUCAGCCAACAAUUUGACCAGAGAUUUAUGUGCACUUUGUGGCUUUUACUUGCUCUUCCAUUUUCUUGCCUACUUAUUUCUGUGGCGCAGAACAAAGAAAUAGCCCACCAAUUGUGUUCAUCUUCAAUCACAAUGGCCCAGCAAACACUUCAGCAACACUCAUCGAUUGCAAACAGCGUCAGUGGAAAUCUCAUCGAAUAUUUGCGGUGUUACGUUUUAAUUACGCGGCGACACGAGUUCGAAUCUCACCUUUUGUAAUGAGGAAUAAAUUCUGGUGUAAAUUUA